CGUUCCACGACGUGUUUUCUGAUUGCAUCCACGUCGUUUGCUUCACCACGUCCAUAAUUUAUCCCACUGUCUUGGCGUUUAUUGUGUUGUCUCCAACGCGAACCAUCUGAAUCGGCUCGCAGUCGUCCAAGAUGUUCGGUCUUCUCCUCGUACCAUGUCUUCUGGCUGUCGCCACAGUGGCGCAGCAGGCUAUUCAGUUCCAACACUGCGGAGGCGGCAAGAUCCUGUCCGCGGUGGUAACACCCUGCAAUAGCGAUCCCUGUGUGGUUCCGGUGGGCACGAACCUCCGAAUUGAUUUCAAGGUCGAAUCUAACCAGAACAGCAGCACCGUGAGAUUCGACCCCCGCGUGGACGUACUGGGAAUGCAAAUGCCUAUCCCUGGCAUCAACACGGACGCCUGCAGCUCUGGUGCAGUGUCCUGUCCAGUAAGAGCGGGUGAAAUCAUCGCAGGUUCCAUACGGGCUCCUGUUCUGAGCUUCCUGCCAUCGAUGACCGUCACUACCACAUGGAAGAUUCUCGGCUCUGAGGGACUCAUCACCUGUGGCUCGACGAAGGUCACCAUUAUCAGGAACUAGCAGUAUCGCUAAGAAACAAGUCAACAAGUGUGAUCUCGUUCUAGAGAGAGGCGAGAUGCGUGUAAAGUCACAUGAUCUUCAUAAUAGCUACAUGACUGCAUACAUUUAUACAGUUCCUUUUUCGUUACCUCUAUAUUACUUUUUAGGUUACUUUUUGUUCCUGAACAGUUGAAACACACUCUAAAUGGGCAAACAAAUAAAGCGAGUUGACGCAUG